AUGGAAAAGAUUACCGACAAGAUCGCGGCUCUGCCAGCUGAUGGAGAGUACUUUUCUCUCGAAUUCUUCCCGCCCAAGACGGCAAUGGGCUUCGCCAACUUGCGAGACCGUCUGCAGCGUAUGGAGCAGGCUCUUCGCCCUCUCUUUGUCAACGUAACUUGGGGUGCCGGUGGCUCUACGGCCGAUAAGUCGCUGGAGCUUGCCGAGCUCUGCCAGCGCCAGCUCGGUAUGACGACCUGUCUGCACCUGACAUGCACCAACAUGAGCCAGACGCUCAUCGACAAGGCCCUCGAAGACGCAAAGGCCCUCGGCAUCCGCAACAUCCUUGCCCUCCGAGGCGACCCGCCCCGCGACGACGAGUACCGAGACCAAGAUGCGCCCGCGCAAGAGGCCAACACAGACACCUUUGUCUGGGCUGUCGAUCUCGUCAAAUACAUCCGCCGCAAGUACGGCGACCAUUUCUGUAUUGGUGUGGCAGCGUACCCCGAGGGCCAUGCGGACGGCAGCCAUCCCAUUGGCCAGAGCCUCGAGCACGAUCUACCAUAUCUUGUCGACAAGGUCCAAGCCGGUGCCGACUUUAUCAUGACACAGCUCUUCUUUGACACAGAUGCCUAUGACAAGUUUGAGCAGACACUCCGCGACCACCCCUCUGGCGCGUUCAAGACGAUUCCGAUUCUGCCAGGUCUCAUGCCCAUCCAGUCGUACGCCAUGAUCAAGCGCACUGCCAAGCUGUCUCAUGCAAGCAUGCCCGCAGCCAUCAUGGACCGUCUCAACCAAGUCCGCGGCGACGACGAGGCCGUUAAGCAAGUUGGUGUCGAAAUCCUCUCCGAAAUGGUCGAGAAGAUCCGCGACACUAAGCAGCGCACACCCGGCCCCAAGGGCUUUCACUUCUACACGCUUAACCUCGAAAAGUCCGUCACCUUCAUCCUCGAGCGAACACACCUCAUCCCAGACACCUCUGACGAUGAAGUGGCCAUUGCCGACGGGCCCAUCCCGACUCCCCUCCUCCAGAUCAACGGCGGUAUCCCCCUGCGCAACCGCAGCCACCGCAGCUCUUCUCGUCGCCAGUCGUCUGUCGGCUCAGACCCCCAUAACCGCGUGAUUGUCAGCGGCCGCGCCGUAUCCCGCCCCGAAUGGGAAGCCAGCGGUCAAGAAGCCGGUGUCCGCGCACAAGACAUCAACUCGCGCGCCAACACUCUCGCCAUUUCCGAAGGAGAGGGUGCUCUCGGCCGCGAAGCCACGUGGGACGACUUCCCCAACGGUCGUUUCGGUGACUCGAGAUCUCCCGCGUACGGUGAGAUUGACGGCUACGGUGUAAGCCUGCACAUGUCUGUCACGCAGGCCGUCUCUCUCUGGGGCCAUCCUGCCGCUGUGUCAGACAUUAACGACAUGUUUGUCAACCACGUUACUGGCAAGCUCAACGCCAUCCCAUGGAGCGAGGAAGAACUGAUGCCCGAGUCAUCCGCCAUUACAGCGCACCUCAAGGACCUCAACUCGAAGGGCUGGUGGUCCGUGGCGUCCCAGCCCGCCAUUAACAGUGCCUCAUCGCGCGACUCAACAUUUGGCUGGGGCCCGCCCAACGGCUUCGUCUUCCAAAAGGCCUUUGUCGAGUUCUUCCUGCCCGCUGCCGACUGGGAGACCCUCAAGGCCAAGCUACUGAGCGCAGAUGUCCACGAACACGUCUGCUUCUACGCUGCCAACGCUGCGGGCGACUUCGUCACAUCCGAUAUUACCGGCGGUGCCCGCACAGAAGGCGCCAGCACCAAUGCUGUAACGUGGGGCGUCUUCCCUGGCAAGGAAAUUGUCACGCCGACCAUUAUCGAAGAGGUCAGUUUCAAGGCGUGGAGCGAAGAGGCCUUUGGCAUUUGGGGCGAGUGGGCGCGUGUCUACGGCAAGGGAAGCCCUAGCGAGAAGCUGCUCUCGGGCAUCCGCAACGAUUACUGGCUUGUAAAUGUGAUUCACCACGAGUUUGUAGACAGCGAGGGGCUGUGGGCGUUGCUUCUGGACUAG